AUGCGCGCCUUCAGCACAAUAUAUCACGGCAAUAACGCACCAAAACUAGAUUCAUACUCUAAGUUUGUGAAGUAUGCACUUGAUCUUGACUCGAAAAGCUCCGAAUGUUAUUGGAAGACGCAAUUAUCAGGUGCUAGACGAGCAUUGUUUCCCCUACCAAUGGGUGGUAUUUCUGUCCUGAAGUCUGAGAAGAAUAUGGGCAUUUCAUCAAGAAAUAUCAACAUUUCGCGAUUAACAAACAGUUCUAUCACCAAAGCAACAUACCUUCGAGCUGCCUGGGCUAUUCUUCUUGCACGAUACUGCGACACAGACGACAUCUGUUUCGGUGCCUCUGUAUCUGGCCGAAAUGCUCCUAGUGUGGAAAACGUUGUUGGUCUAGUUGUUUCGACGCUCCCCAUUCGCGUUCGUCUAGAUCCAGACCAGAAUUUGGCCGAGUUUCUUCACGACAUUCAAAAACAGGCCACCGAUAUGGUGGCGCACGAGCAGUUUGGCCUCCAGAAGAUAGCUCAAAUUAGCCCGGAUGCAAAAGACGCCUGUAACUUUUCCAGCCUGUUGGUCAUUCAGCCGAGGGAACUGAUAAGCAACUCUGAAGAAGAUGGGGCCAUCCUUGUCUCCACUAGAGUAGAACAACGUUUGGCGUGGCAAUCAAUGUCAGAUUAUUCCAGCUACCCGCUUGUUGUGCAAUGCCAUAUGGACAAUGUUACAGUUGAAUUGGAACUUGUAUACGAUACGGGUGUUAUAUCCGAAUUCCAGAUUCAGGCACUGCAUAAUCAACUGGACCACGUAGUCCAGCAACUUGUAUCAUCUAGUGAAGAGAAGGUGCUCAGCAACGUAUCUAUAGCGGGGCCGUGGGACUUACAACAAGCCAUGGAUUGGAAUGCCCAUGAUAUCGUGGUUGAACAAGACUGUUUACAUGAUGCUGUUUCAAGGCAAGCUGAGUUAUGCCCCGAUGACGAAGCAUUGUACUCGACGGAGUUUUCGUUGACUUACGCCUCACUUGAGCGUCUCUCUAAUCGUGUGGCUUAUCAGCUAUUGCAGUCUGGCAUUCAACCGGAAACAAUAGUUCCUUUUUGCAUGGAGAAAUCUGUAUGGACUGUGGUCGCCAUGGUUGGUAUUUUGAAAGCAGGCGGUGCAUUCAUGCCUUUGGACCCCUCUCAUCCAGGGGCACGGAGGUCGGCCUUGGUCAAAGAAGUCAACGCAAGCGUUAUGAUUUGUUCACCCUCCACGGCCAAAUCCUGUGAAGGAAUGGCUGAAGGGAUCAUACAAGUUUCAGCUUCAUUAUUGUCAUUGCCCUCUGGGACUCCUACAAAUCAUCAAGCACUCCGCAACUAUAAGCAACCAAAGCCACACAACUCGGCCUACGUGAUCUAUACUUCGGGCUCUACAGGAAAACCCAAAGGCAUAGUCAUGCCACACUCGGCCAUAUGUACGGCACUAUUUCGCCAGCCUAAAGUAGUGAAUAUUACGAAAACCUCACGCGUCUUUCAAUUCUCUAGCUAUGCAUUUGAUGGCUGCGUAGUAGACAUAUUUGCGGCGCUUAUCACUGGAGCCACCGUUUGUGUGCCUACCGACACUGAGAGACUCAGCAGUACAUCACAGUUUAUGACACAGGCACGAGUCACUUGGGCAUCCUUGACUCCAUCAUUCAUCAAAACAAUUGACCCUGGGACUAUACCAACACUGAUCACACUGUGUGCUGCCGGAGAGGUCCCAACAAAAGAUAUCCUGACUACAUGGCACGGACGAGUAGAGCUUUUCAAUCUUUAUGGCCCAGCAGAGACCUGUGUCAUGUGCUCUGCUCAUUGCUGGAAAUCACCAAAUGAAUCCCCAAUGACCGCGGGUCGGCCUUAUGCCCACCGGCUCUUCAUUGCUGAGCCGGAUAACAUAAAUCGCCUUGCCCCAAUCGGAUGCAUUGGCGAAUUAGUUGUUGAAGGCCAUGCGAUUGCGCGUGGCUAUAUCAACAAUGAAGAAAAAACCAACGCUUCAUUUGUCAAGUACCUUGAAUGGAUGCUGCCUACAGGCUCAACCAGGGCUUACAGGACCGGUGAUCUUGCAAAGUUCAACUCUGAUGGAACCAUCCAGUUUAUUGGACGACGAGAUACGCAAGUUAAACUACGUGGCCAACGCAUAGAGCUUGGUGAGAUCGAACAUCGCAUCAUGAGCGACCUUGAAGGUGUGCAGUAUGCCGCGGCAGAUGUUGUGGAGCGCGAAGCCGGCAAAAUGCUUGUCGCAUUCGUCACAUUCCAAAACCAACCGCGCCCUGCCGCAACAGGUGCCUUGACUCUCGAUGACUAUUUUAUCAAAGAUGAAACGGUCACCGAGUCAUUCCAAGCCCUAGUUCAGAACUUGCGACAAGCAUUACCAAGCUAUAUGAUCCCGAGUGUAAUAUUCCCUCUGUGGGACAUGCCUCAUAAUACCUCUCAAAAGAUUGAUAGACGGAUGCUGCGUGAACUAGUCGCCGACAUGUCCCAGGAAACGCUAUCGAAAUUCUCGAUAAAUAAGAGGGACAAGACCUUGCCAACAACUGAAUUGGAGUUUAGGCUACGGAACCUGUGGGCUCGCAUAGUGAAAGUCGAUCCAGAGAGUAUAUCUAAAUUUGAUAGCUUUUUGGAAGUUGGCGGCGACUCAAUUUCUGCAAUCUUCCUAUCAAACCUUGCUGCAAAAGAGGGCUUAAUUCUGCCAAUUGUGAAUAUCUUCAAGGAUCCUCGACUUGCUUCUAUGGCU